AUGUUUACGUUUGAAGAUACCCAACAAGGGAAGAUUAUGUUUCACUCUUAUGGCGCCACACUGUAUCAGAUGUUUGUGCUUUUCACCACGUCAAAUAAUCCAGAUGUAUGGAUUCCUGCAUACAAGAGUUCGCGCUGGUCUUGCUUGUUUUUUGUUGUUUACGUGCUAUUGGGAGUGUACUUCCUUACUAAUCUUAUUCUUGCCGUUGUAUAUGAUAGCUUUAAAGCCCAGCUUGCAAAGCAAGUUGGUGAGAUGGAUGCCAUGAGGAUUAGGGUCUUGGGGAAGGCAUUUAGUCUUAUUGACAAUUAUAAGCAUGGUUUUCUGAACAAAGAACAAUGUAUUCGCUUGUUCGAGGAACUGAACAAGUAUAGGUCAUUGCCAAAAACAUCGCGGGAAGAUUUCGAACUGAUUUUUGAUGAGCUUGAUGAUAGCGGCGAUUUCAAGGUUGUAGCUUUUGUUUUGGAGGCUUUCUUUGCUGAAAUGGAACUGGAGACACCCAAUGGACGUGAGGAACACGAGGUUCUCAUUUUAUUGCUUGAAACGAUCUUUCAUCAUCUCCGUAUUGAUGAUGUAAGGUGAAGUUCUUCUUUACUCAAAACAAAAGGUGAAGUUUCCAAGAAGAAUCAAAAGAGAAAUGAGUUUUAACAAUAAAAUCAGUGCUAGUGUACUCUAUGGCCAAUCGUUGAAACUAUGAGAUAGUUUUGUACAUGGAUAUAUGGGAACUUAUAAAUGUACAUUCAAACAAAUCUU